CCCCAACAACAACAACAAAAUAAUCAGAAAAUUAGGAGAGCUGGAUACCGGAGAGAGAGGGCAGGGGUGUGAAGGCCCGGACGCAGCCAGACUGAUGCUGAGCUGUGUUCACCCAAACCUUUUUGUUCUCUUUAAGAAACUGUUUGGAGUAGCCCCUGCUGGGGACUCAGAGGCCGACAUGUAUAAUAAUCUAAGUCCGCAGUGGCCCUUUGUCAGACAAAGACAUCCUGCAAGUGCCCAAAGUGCCAACCAGAAAGUACGAGCAGAGAGAAUAACCAUAGAAGGGGAUGUUUUAAGUUACAGUGAAGAGGAAGAAGAGGAGAGGGUUGGGGUGUAUGUCGGCGAAAUGCCUGUCAGUGCUGAUCACAGUUAUUUUGAGAUUGAAAUCCUUGAAAUGGGCGUCCAAGGAGCCAUAUCAAUAGGUCUCUGUUCUGCUAAAUAUCCUUUACAUAAGUUACCUGGAUGGGCUGUAGAUAGUGUUGGGUAUCAUGCUGAUGAUGGCAGACUGUACAAAGCUCGUCCCAGAGGUGUAGUAUUUGGGCCAAGGUGUGCUGCUGGUGAUAGAAUGGGAUGUGGCAUCAAAUAUGAUCAGUUAUCACCAGAAAGUGAUCCUUCAUCCGUCCCAGUGUUUUUUACAAAAAAUGGAAAAGAGGUUGGUUCAGUUAUUGUACGAGUGCCACCCGGAGGGUUGUAUCCAUGUGUGGGUCUGGCUGCUGCAGGAGAUGCUGUUAGACUAUCACCUCAGUUGCUGUCCCCAGAUGAAGACACACACAUGUCUGUUGAUUCUAUGGAGGAAGAAUGGCUUAGACUUCAUGAUAUUAGACUAAAUGGACAGGUGGUAUGGGGUACUUCCAUUAGAUGCUGGAAAUACUGUGGUCGAGGGAAAAGUCUAGUUGAUGUUGGCCUUGCCCAGGCUCGUGCUCCAUUGAACACAACCUCACAUUAUUUUGAAAUGGAGAUUGUUGAUCCAGGACGUUCAGGUUAUACAACCAUUGGAUUGACAAAGAAGGAGUACCCAAAAAAUCGUCACCCAGGUUGGAACAGAGGAAGCAUUGCCUAUCAUGCAGAUGAUGGGAGAGUCUUCACUGGGAGUACCGUGGGUUCUUUGUUUGGCCCACGCUGCCACAAAGGAGAUGUCAUGGGAUGCGGUAUUAUUUUUCCUAGAGAUUAUGUCUGUAACUACGAUAGGUAAAUACUAUAGCUUUAAUCAUAUAUAUGUAUAAUUUUGUACUCAUCAUUGGUAAAUUGUCAUAGUUAUUCUUGUAUUUUCUUUGAAGACAUUUGGCUUUGGUUGCUAAUAGGUGUAAUGAAGAUUUUCAUUGUGGCUUGCUAAUUUACAUUGUGGCACUUGCUAAUUUUCAUUGUGGCUUGCCAAUUUUCAUUAUGGCCUGCUAAUUUUCAUUGUGACUUGCCACUUUUCAUUGUGACUUGCCAUUUUUCAUUGUGACUUGCCACUUUUCAUUGUGACUUGCCAUUUUUCAUUGUGACUUGCCACUUUUCAUUUGUGACUUGCUAAUCUUCACUGGGGCUUGCAAAUUUUCAUUGUGGCUUGGUAAUUUUCAU